CAAAAACAGAUAGCAGCUCUCAGCAACCACCGACUGGGGAAAGAAAAAGUUCACUUUCACUUCAUGAGCUGUUCCUUGCAGGUAUCAUGGUUAAUGCCAUGCUGCUCUACUGCUGUGCUCUACAGCUCAUUCUCUGCUUCGGUGCCAUCAGAGCUGAACUGGAUUCCAACGCCGUUAGAGAUGUGACCACAAAUGCCGACUUUACAUCCCUGAGCAGGGGCAAGACCCUAUUUUCUGCUGCAGGUCCACUGACUAAACCCACACUGGAAAAAGAACAUCAAAUGUCAGAAAAGAUGCUGCUCAAUCCUGAGCUGAUGUUCGAUGCAGUCGAGAUGGAUAGAUCAGAGCGUUCGCCCAGGAGAUGCGUUCGACACCUAGAGUCCUGCUUUGGCCAUGCUCUGCCUUGCUGUGAUCCAUGCACCAUUUGUUACUGCAGAUUCUUUAAUGCUAUUUGUUACUGCAGGAAAAUCGGUAGUGACUGUGACCAGGGCAAGAACUAGCUUUGUACAUGUCCGCUCUGUUGACAACUUUUCUGUUUUAGAUGUAAACAGAUUUAUACUAUGUUAUGUUGAUUUCCAUGUGCAACUUGUAAGUUUGCAGUUGAAAUAAACGUUUUACUUUGA